CAGAGAAUGUGUGAUAGAAACAGAAAUAGAGAAGAAAAAACAAGAGAGGAAUGAGCGACGCAUUGAACAGAGACUACCGUUUGUGCGAAGAGAUCGGACGGGGACGAUUCGGGGUCGUUUACCGGUGCUACUCAUCGGAAUCUGGCGACUCCUUUGCCGUCAAAUCCAUCGACAAGAGUCUUAUUGCCGACGACUCCGUCGAUCGCCAAUGUCUCUACAAUGAAGUCAAGGUCAUGCAAUUGCUUUCUCCAAACCCUAAUGUCGUUCAAAUCUUCAAUGUCUAUGAGGACGACGAUCACCUUCACAUCGUCCUCGAGCUCUGCAACUCCUCCGAUCUCUUCCAACGCGUUGCUAAUCGAGUGUGUUCUGAAUCUGAGGCGGUUGCGGUGAUGGUGCCGUUGAUGGAGGCGAUCGCGCACUGUCACCGGAGAGGCGUGGCUCAUCGGGACAUCAAGCCGGACAAUAUUUUGUUUGAUGAGUGGGAAAGGCUGAAACUGGCUGAUUUUGGCUCGGCGGAGUGUUUUAGGGAAGGGGAGUUGAUGAGCGGAAUCGUCGGAACGCCGUACUACGUGGCGCCGGAGGUUCUGGCUGGGAGAGAGUACAGCGAGAAGGUCGAUGUGUGGAGCGCCGGUGUGAUUUUGUACAUAAUGUUGGCUGGAAUCCCUCCUUUUUACGGCGAUUCGGCAGCCGAUAUCUUCGAGGCGGUGCUACGCGCGAAUCUCAGGUUUCCGACUAGGAUUUUCCACUCGGUUUCGUCUGCGGCGAAGGAUCUGCUGAGGAGGAUGCUCUGCAAAGAUGUUUCUAGAAGAUUCUCCGCCGAGCAAGUUCUUCGGCAUCCAUGGAUGACCACGGGCUGAGAUUCUACAUCACUGGGUUUUCUAGACUUGAAACAACUCUGCUAUAUAUAUAGACUGCAUAGGAAAUUCUGUAGAUUCUGAAAGCGGAGUUUCAGGGGUUUUUUUUUUUUUUUUCUUCGCUUGAUCUAGUGUAAAAAACGAUGCAGAUUAGAGUGUUAGAGAGAGUUAGAGAAGGUUUCUGGUGCCAUAUGAUAUGUAAAUUGCUAAGACGUUUGCUGAAUUUUCUCGAGUUAAUCUUUUGAUCUUUUAUAUUGGCUGAA